AGCUUCUGUGACAUGUUUUCAAGGAUUCUCUGUUUAUACAUUUGGAAACUGCAAAUAUAAAAAUGUUUAUUGAUUGAUUAUUUAUAUUGGUUGUGAUGAAUAGCUCGGGUAUGUAAAUGGUGCUAUGUGCAAAAGAUUUUAGAAGGGUUUUCGGUCCAGAUCCUGCAACCCGGAAGUUAUCAUAAAUGACCGUAAUGUUUGGAAAAAAGCGGGCAUGUUGGAAAAGUAAAAAGUGGAGUGCCUGGGAGAUGAAGGGAUGGUGAGGUUGCGUCUGAUGAGACACACUGGAAAUCAUGAACAGCUAGCACAUUCUAAAAAAUUGUUUAAACUGCUUAAAACAGAACCAAACAAUAGACGAUUUUAACAGACGCUAGCUUAUAUUUGCGUGCAAGUUAAAUUCAUCUGCAGUCACCUGGCAACAAAAACAACCACAACAACUUUUGACCUGCGGAAUCAUUUCAAUUAACUGUGUAUCAACAAACUGUUUGUAACAGACUCCUGUUUCACUUUAAUCAGAUGUCGUUCUGCCUGGCGGAGCUUCACUUUUGGUCCUUCAGGAGCAGCCUGCAAGUCCAAGAUAACGAUAUUGGAACACACCAAUGCUAUGACAAAGGACAAUCAUUGUGUCCUUCAGAUCAGCAUUACUACAAUGAGAAACGGCAGUUCGCAGACAGUCGGGGUUACCCAUGGUUCCUUAGUAACCGUCGUCCAGAGAAGCUGCGUGAUGCCCUAAAGGAACUAGAGGAGCUGCUGCAGUCAAGCCAGAUCGUGAGUGUCAGAUGGAGAGCUAAGCAGUGCUGUCAGAUGCUGCUGACAUCAGGUGUACUGGUGACUCUCAUUCUGGGCGGAGCUCAGGUUGAACGGGUGGUCAUUGACAGAACGCUAGUAGGGCGACUUCCUGCUGACACCAUCAGUGAUGCGGUGAUCGGAGAUCGCUUCCUGCUGUUCUCAUUGAUGGAGAGAAGUCAGGUGUGUCAGGUUUACCUGAACAGGAAGAACCAGAGCUCACCUGAGCUAACACGGCACAUGGAGAAACUCAUAGCUGCUGAGAUUAAGGUGUCAUUAGUGGACGUACCAGGCGGAGGUCGCCGCGUGGAGCGCCGGAUGGGGCUGAACCAAGCUCAGGAUAUGGCCGUGUGCUGGUGGCCGCUCUGUAAUGAGGAGGUUAGACCUUGGUCUCCUAUUCCUAGUGCAGUGGAAAGAGCCAAUCUGGUACUGCUUGCCUGCUCAGAUACUCCAGGGCUUACGGUUCUGAGCUCUAUCCGAACUGAUGGAAACCCAAUAGACUGCAGAUUUAGCCUAACUCAACCCUACAAUGUCCUCACAGUGGAGCUGCACCAGGAGGCCAGUCACUCCGUGUCUGAGCUGCACGAGAAGCCCCAGCCUCUUGAUGUUCAUACCCGUAUCUAUGAAUGUGCCCGAGGGCGUCUCCAAAAUGUAUCCAGCACUCCUAUACCCCUCACAUCCAAACCUAUAACCUGUAAUUAUGAUCCAAUGGAGCGCUGGGUUCUCCUAGGGCUUCAGGACUGCUCUGUGGUUCUUUUUGACAGACAGACAGGCCUCUCUAUGUGGGCCACCUGUUCCAUGAUGCCUUCUUUGCUAGAAUGGCAUCCUUCAGGAGGUUUACUGAUGGUGGGCGGAGGUCAGGGGGAGCUUCAGUGUUUCGACAUCGGGCUGUCACCUCUUCCUUUACGGCUAGUGAGUGAGGAACCGGCCCCUGGUUCUCUAGGCCCCAGCCUUCAGCUGUCCAGUCAUAUGAAGACCUCUAGUGGUCUGGAGGGCAUCCAGUGGGCUUGCUGUCCAAUAUCUCAGGGAAAUGAUGGUCUGGAAACUCACGACUUACUGCUGCUUUGGUUUCAUGGAGGGCCGCUUGCUACUCUGAGACUAAGACUCGGUGUGUUUAAUGGAGCUCAGUUAGGCCCAGCUGAUCUAGUACAGCACCGUUUGAGCCAUGGAGAGGUGGAUGCAGCACUGGGAAUUUUGGGUAAAAUGGACUGGGCAAUAAUGGGAGCUGAGUGUUACCGUUCACUUAUCUCUAUCAACGAUCACCUGCUGAGGAUGCCACUGGACCACCAGACUGAGGGUCAGUUAGAAGCAGCUCUGGGGAUGUUUUAUGCCCCAUCCAGACCCCUGUCAAACACUGUUAUACUGGAAUACAGAGAUCCCAUCAGCAGAUAUGCCAGGCGAUUCUUCCAUCAUCUCCUCAGACACCAGCGGUUCGAAAAAGCCUUCCUGUUGGCAGUAGAUAUCGGGGCCAGGGAUCUGUUUAUGGACCUCCAUUACGUGGCAACAGAUAAGGGAGAGCUGGUGUUAGCUGCUGUAGCCAAGAAGAAGGCUAAUGAAAUAGACGUGGAGGCACAAACAUCAGCACCAGAUGAAGGUCUGUCUACAUAUGAAGGCCAUAGUGGGGUUAAACUACCACCAGCCAGGAGCGAAAAAGAUGCAUCUGCCCCAAAACACUCAAGUAGGAGUAGAGAAAUGUCAACCGCAGAGACUCAAGAUGACCUCUCGAACAUCCUAACAAGUCAUCACACCUGGCCUUGGAUAAACUCAGAAAUCAGUCUUGUUAACCAGGAUACUCAGGCCUCCGAGGGGAGUGGGAAACUCAAAGUUAUUCAUUUUGGUUUAGUUUGAAUAUUGAAUAAAUAAUUGUAAUUAAUACAUGAUAUUUAAAAAUAUUUUUUUAUAUUAGAACAUAUUUUUCCCAUCUAAGGAUAUGUCAUUGAAUGUGCUAACUAAUCUUAUUUUUAAAUAAAAAUAUUUUUGCUAUUUCAUUA